AAUUAUUAAAGGCACUAAUUUACUGGGACUCUUAAUAUGCAAAAAGACAUCCAGUCGAAACAUAACCCCCCACCACCACCACCACCAUCUAAGUUUAAUAACUUAAUAGUUUAAGUUAGAGGAACAUGACUUGUAAAUAUCGACUGUAUGUUUCAAAGGUUGAGAUGUCAAAGUGGCAAGUGGGAAAUUAGCAGAACGUCCGCCGGAUUCGGCCGCUAGAGGGCAGCACAAGACAAGUACCGUAACCACUGAGCUACCACUGCCCCAACAGGUUCGGCCGCUAGUGGGCAGCACGGCGACGCUGCGCGCUUAACUCGCCCAUUGUCCCUCCGACCGCAGAAGAAACUCAAGAUGGCUGGCGACCGAUGAAGCAAAACAAAGUUGUCCAGACAUUUCCGUCUUACCCGUGAGCUCCAGCAAGAUCCCUGGACAGAGUACAGCUCGGAGAAGACGUGUGUAGCUUUUUUUUGUUGUUGUCUGAAGGACAGCUUCAUUCCGCCGAAGUUGCGCACCAGCGUUGUUCACCGUCGUUAGCUAGCGAGGCUAGCGAGGUUAGCUCGUCCAGGUCGGUGGUUUUGUGCCUUUAUGUCCGCGAUGUGCCUGCAGCUGCUCCAAUAAGCAGGACGUCGCAACGUUUGUAGAGCUGUAGCGCUUAGGACAUCACCUCGUUCUCCUGCAGCGUAGCGGAUGAGCGCUGACGAGCUGUUUUGUAACGUGAGAAUAUCGGGAAAGGUCGGCCGCUUUUCAUGUUUGCUAACCAACCCGGUGAUUAACUUGGCGGAAUAUUUUAGUUUAGGUCGCUGCAAAACGGACGUGUGAAAAGCGAGAGCUCUCCUGUGAAUGUUGAGGACGUCCUGAACGUCGACAUGGAAGCCAAGCACGACAGCAGCAGCAGCAGCAGCAGCCAGAGUCACCACAGCAGCAGCAGCAGCGGCAGCAGCAGCGGCAGCAGCAGCGACUCCAGCGGCGGCCCCGGCUCGCCAGCCAGCCCCGCACACGACGCGCCCAGGCCCGGCGGCAACGCCUUCGCCAACGACGGCAGCUUCAUGGAGCUGUUCAAGAGGAAGAUGGAAGAGGAGCGGAGGAGGAAGGAAACGGGAGGAGGAGGAGGAGGACACGGUGCUGCGGGAGCAGGGCAGUCGUCUCAGGAAAAGAAGACGAUUAGCGUGACCAGCUUUGUGGGCAAGCGGAGAGGCGGUGCCAGGUUGGCUCUCAAGACGGGAGUGGUGGCCAAGAAGCAGAAACUGGACGCAGAGGCUGAGUCGGGCAAAGGAGACGCUUGGUCUAAAUACAUGGCCGAGGUGAAAAAGUACAAAGCCCAUCAGUGCGGAGACGACGACAAAACCCGACCUCUGGUCAAAUGACACUGCUGAACGGGAUUACCUGAAGAGGCCUGCCUCUGGCCCCUCGGCCUGCAGCCAGGCUGUGACCCCGCAACCCAGCGGACGGGGCUAAUCAAAUGGCCACUUUGUGAUUUGGUUAGGAUCGUUGUAACUUUUGUUUCCCUUUUCCUUGCCCAGCAGCUUGUUUUCGUUUCUAGGUUUGCAGUUUUAGCAUGUAUGCAGUCAGUGGCAGCUGCAGUUAUGUUUGGUGAGUCAGAUGCUUUUUAAAAGUGUAAUUUUGAGCAUUGUGUUUACUGACAUUAGUAAGAUACUUUGUGGUUUUGGUAGUAUCUGGACUGAUGUCACACCUUGUUGAUAUUUUGUACACUUUUGGGGGGGUGGGAGUCCUUGAUGUCACCUGAAUUUAUGGGUUUAAAAAAAUUAAAAGCUAUGUACUGAA